GGUGAAAAUGUCCAGAUAUCCCAGCAGUAACAUUGCUGCUGCCCUCUGUCUUCAUCUCUGUGUCUGUUGGAUGAACUUCAGGACUUCAGCCUGUGCUGAGUUCUGUGGAGCUGCCGCGGUCUGUCCUUCCUCCUCCUCCUGGUUCUCUUCCUCCUCCUCUUCCUCCUCCUGCUCCUCUUUAUUGUGCAGCUAAAUCCGUAGCGGAUGUCCCUUUAACAGGCAGAGGCAGCCAGCAGCAGAGGAGAGGAAGCAGCUCUCUCCUCCUUCAAACUGACCAGCGCGUCUUUCUGGCUCCUUCCGGCCGACGCGGACCAGAGCAUCCAAUCUGCAGCUCUCCUCCACAAGCGGUGCUGAGGAGCUGCAAGUAAGCAGAGGAAGAGGAGGCCAUGUUCCCACCACAGAUCACAGCCACAGUGAGCUCUGCGUGUGUUUGAGGACAGGAGUCUCCCCUCUGGCCCGUCCAGUCUGCUCGCUGUCCAGAACCAAAAGCACCAAACAGCCGACACCACAGACAGCCAUGGCCUUCACUCUGUCGGAAAUCAUGGCGGCAAGGCGGCAGCAGUCCCAGGCCCAGUCACACACUCAGAGAGGCAGCAGGGCGGCUGUGGAGGUUGAUGAGUACAGCACCAACCCCACACAGGCCUUCACCUUCUACAACAUCAACCAGGGCCGCUUCCAGCCACCGCAUGUCCACAUGGUGGACCCGAUGCCCCACGACACUCCCAAACCUCCAGGUUACACACGCUUCGUGUGUAUUUCAGACACUCAUUCACGCACAGACGCCAUCCAGAUGCCGUACGGAGACGUGUUCAUUCAUGCUGGAGACUUCACCGAGCUCGGGCUGCCCUCUGAGGUCAAAAAGUUCAAUGACUGGCUAGGUACUCUGCCCUACGACAUCAAAAUAGUGAUUGCUGGGAACCAUGAGUUGACCUUUGACCAGGAGUUCAUGGCAGACCUCAUCAAACAGGACUUCUACUACUUCCCGUCAGCCUCCAAACUGAAGCCUGAGAAUUAUGAGAAUGUCCAGUCGCUGCUCACCAACUGCAUCUACCUGCAGGACUCUGAGGUCACUGUGCGAGGCUUCAGGAUCUAUGGCUCUCCGUGGUGAGUGACUGCAGCUCUCUGCACAAGUCAACAAGUUUGAAAUGUGUAACUGAUGAUAUCUGUCCUGUUUGGCUGCUAUGCUGAGAAUGAGAAAGAAUGUGAUGCGAUGAGGGUGGAGGAUUACUUGGUUGGGUGAGUGAGUC